AUGAAAAAUGGGCAGGAAGAUCUGUUCGGUAGACUCAGUGACAGCGAUAGCGAUGAAGAACAAAUCGAUGAUGUGAAGCCAACACGAGCGCGACUGGAUUUGGCGAUGAGGUAACAGACUUUAAGUGAAGUCUGCUCGAGACUUUAUCCACUCAGCAGCAGCAGCAGCGAGGAAAAUGAUGAGGAAGAUGAGAUGGAUCAGCAAGAAUUGGAAGAGCAACUACAUAUUAGAGACAACCAUAUGACGAUGGAAAUCGAAUCGUCUCAGCCGGAAAAGCGGGCAAAGGUUUCAGCUUCGAGACUGUGAGAUUCAACGCAUGUUUAUCAGGUUGUUUUCUCUUUAUCGGGAGACGAGGAUUCAGACAGUAUCGACUUUGAUGCUCCCAGUCAGAGCCAAGUAAAUCUUCUCAAACGGAAGGUUUUCCAGAUUCUCAUUUCCUAUCGUCAUAUUUCUUAUUUACAGGGCUCCGCUUGUUAUCAAUUAUUGGAAACUCCUAAGCGUCGAAAAAAUGCCGAUUUCCAUCGCGCAAUGUGUGCCCUCGAAAGAUCCUCCGGUGGAGAUUCCGAUUCCAGCCCGAUGCAGCUUUCGGACGAAUAUGAAUGCCAAGAAUCGCAAGAAUACGACGAAUUAAAUAAUCCUCUGCAAUGCCGACAAUCGCCAAUUAAUGUCCAGUCGAAUUCGUCCACUCAAAGCGAUCCGAUGUCAUCUCCGAUCGCGUGCUCAUCAUCCAUUUCCCGAAACAACAUGAAUACUCUCGGCAAUCAGUUGAAAACAGAAGGUUUAAUGGCACAAAACAUAUUGAUUAAAAGUAUCCAAUCGGACGUCCAACUCAGAAAUAUGGUCGUAUUAGGCAACUUUAACAAAGAACAACUCGCGCGCUUUGAAGUUUACAGAAGGUGAGCGAACUCGACACGUAAUUUUAACUGAAUUAUUGUCUCCAGAUCGAAUUUCAACAAAAAUGAAAUCAGAAGGCUCAUCACUAAGGCUACUGGUAGUACGCCUUCGGAAUCAGUCGUCUUGGCGAUUCGUACAUUGGCCAAGGUAAGAAUGCGUUGAAUUUAUUUUUAGAGCGUUAUCUUUAUCAGAUGUUCGUGGGCGAUAUUGUCGAGACGGCAUGUGAUAUUCGUGAAGCCCAAAAUAAGGAAGGCAAUCCGAUCAAACCGGAACAUAUUAUAAAAGCCUUCGACAAACUGCAUAUCGAUGGGGCAUUGUGGCCACCCUACGGAACAAAACGUCGCUAA